AUGAAUGACUCCGCAUUGGAAACCGAGUUCAGGAAGACCAUCCGCACCAGGGAGUUCAAUCGCGCCGAGAAUAGUUCGGCGCUCAAAAGGCGAGAUAGUAUGCGGAGAGACCUCGAACAUGACAACAGGGACAGCGACGAUUCCUGUCGCGAGGGCUCUAGGGCAGGAUCGUUAGAACCGAGAAAUGGCGACGACUCCUCAUAAAUAGCUGAUUAAAGUUGUAAACUCAAGCGCGAAUAAAGAAGCUGCGCUUUGUCAGACACCUUACUUCUUGGCAACCCUUAUCUGAUCUUUUUUUUAUCACAAGUAAAGGAACCUCUCCUUCGUCUUGAUAUGUGCAAAAAUAUCAAAUAUGGGCCGAUUUUCUAGGACAGCCG